AUGUACCUUGGUCUUGCCUACUCGAUUGAGCCUGGCGAGGUUCAGGACAUCCAGAAAUACCAGGACGCUGGCGUGAAGCUUAUCCAGGCCGCUUCGCAAGAAGGUGCCCGCGAAGAGGAUGACUCACCGGCAGAACUCGACGUUGCUCAUGAGCUAGAAAAGCAGGGCUCCCCGUUCUGCAUUGAAGCUAUCGUCGAUACGUAUUUCCAAUGGAGACAAGCACAGGAUGGUUACGUCGCAGUCGACACGUGGCUCGACGGCAGGCCAGACGACAUCAACGAAGUCACCAUCACACCGAAGUAUAAUACGGAGCAACUAGCGGAAGAGAUCAUGCCGAUCCAGGUACCCAGCGUCGCACUUGUCCUGGAGUCCUCCUUCGAUAUAGCCCUAGAAGACGCCCAGACCAACCCAAGCGAUCUCGAUAUCCUCGAACAACUCCGCCGUGAUGCAGGUUUCAACAAGACUGUUGAAGCGAUUCCGGACGUGCCAGCAUCUCAGCCACCGACCUUUGAACCGGCGAGCGUCAAUGUUGGGGCGCUGGACCAGAACGCCCCCCUUGAAAAGGACCUGGGGACUUGA